GCUCUGUCUUUACUGAUGUACCCAGUGCUGAAAACUCUAGCUCUUCAGCUGCACUCUGCUGUCACUGGCAGCUACGUCUCUGGGACCCAUUCCAUCGCCUUCAUCAAUUGUCUCAAUGAGCAAAUUGCCAAGGAUAUUGCAAGGGCCAUUAUGGAUAAGAAGCUGGCUGCCAACGUGAACAUCCUGCCCAAGACUUCGGCCCUGUAUUUUUGGAAAGGGGAAAUAGAAGAAUCCACGGAAAUACUGCUAUUAGUGAAAACAAGGACGUCUAAAAUAGGUGAAUUGUCCAACUACGUCAGAUCCAUCCAUCCCUUUGAAAUUCCUGAAAUCAUCAGCCUGCCUAUUGACCAAGGAAACCCACUCUACCUCAAAUGGAUAGAAGAAAGCAUCCCAAGAGACUGAAAUGAGCAAAAGCAGCCUUGCUUUUGGGGAGACCAGAUGAAGCAUGCUUUGCUGUGCCAAUCCCUUCCCUGUGCAGGCAGGAGUUACACAUGCACAGGGAAGCAGCAUAUAACUUCAUGAGUUUGCGGUAGCACAGAAAUUUGGGAUUGGGAAUUUUGUUUGUACUUGAAACAUCCCCUCCUUUGCCUGACCCUGUGCCCCACGGAGUGUGUAGCAGCAUGGAGGCAGUAGAGGCUGAAACAGGGAAGGCUAAAGUGCACUGAAGCUCAUUCGAGCAUUACAGAAGGAGAUACAUGGGGUGCCCAAGGCAAGACCUUGAGACCUCACAGUGUCUGGUGCUGUUUCAGGCCCUCAGCCACAAGCGCAAGGUGUGCCCAUGGCAGCCCCCAGCCGCGGGGUAGAAGGGGCGUGCAGGUGAGCUGCUGGGCUGGCGGCACCAGCAGGAAGGGCCAGCCAGGCUCUGCACGUCUCCAUGCGUGGCAGCACGGCAUGGCCCUGCUGCCUGCCUCCACAGCAGCUGUCCCAGCACCCCGCACAGCUCUGUCUCCUGCUUCCCAAGCCAGGUGGAAGCAGGAUGCAGCAGGGCACCUUGUGACACGCUGGCUCACGCUCGCUCCUGCGGUCCCCCAACUUGCUGGUUUGUCUUGCAAAAAUCUAAGGGAACAGCAAACAUUUAAGCAGAGGCUGCCAAGUGUUUGCCGAGAUCCCCACUGUGUGCAUACCCUGCCUGCUGAGACAGCGGAGCUGAGGCUGAGGAUACCCACUGCCACCGCAGAGGAGCAACGUGCCCAGCCGUGCCACCGCCCGUUUGGGUGUGCGGGGCCAGGGCAGGCUUUGCCCUUCUGCAGGAAAGCACAGCCCCAGCCCCAAGCAUCCCCAACCUGUGCCUGAAUGGUUGCUUUCUACCCAGGCCAAAGUGAACCUUGUAAAAAGAUGUUCAGGUUAACAGUUUAAUGUAAUGUAAGUUAUGAAACAGUACUGAGAUAUUUAUGUGAUUGGGAAGCUAAUAAACAGGAGCAUUUUUUUUACCUGUACAGCCUCUCGUGUUGUCACAGCCUUUUUGGCCCAGUGUGAGCCAUGAGUGCAGCAGCAGAUAGCUGGACCUUCCUGGGCAGCGCACUGCAGCGAGACGAGGCUCAGCACUGGCUCCUCAAACCAGGAGGGCAGCCUGGAGAAAGAUUCAGGGGCAAACUUUGGGGUGGGAGAGGCAGAACUCUGCUUUCCUACCAGCAACGUUGUUCUCAGAGGGCAGCAAACUUGUUAGUGCUGAAUCGGAACAAGCAGGAUCCCAGCUGGGCACUUUGGCAAAAAGGAGCAAUGAGCACAUAAAGCAAGCACCAGCAGGCCAGGUCUGUAUCACACCCAAAAUGAAGCUUUAUUUAUCCCCUGUCAGGGCUAUAUUGUGCCAUGUGAAAAUUUUAUGCUAAAAUUAAAUGGGUGGGGACCAAGAGAGAUUUUUUUUUCAUUGUUGUUGUUCUCUAUUUAACACUCUGACUAAAGGAAAACAUUUUAGGACAUAAGGACAUAAAAAUUUGUCUGGUGAGGACAUGGAAAAGGCAGCAGCCUUGGCACUGCUGGAGGGCCACCAGCCCGUGGAAAAGAUGGAGGAAAAAGCCUGGCUAAGGAAAGACCCAGCCAGAUCUGCAAGGACAUAACAAACAGACCCUGUCUACACAGCCUUGAAGAUUGAGCACUAGCUUGAA